AUGAACGGGGACAAGCGUCCAAAUGUCAGCUUUGUGCCUGAACCCCUGCUGGCGGCAGCCAAGGUGGGUGCUCUGAGUGGGACUGCUGGGUUGGUCUAUGGAGGAGUGGCAGGAGUCAUCAAAUCUCCAAAUCCAGUGAUUCAUUCUCUGUCCUGCGGAAUCCACUGGUUUGCAUGUGGCUCAACUUUUUGGUGGCUACGGAGCAACAUUAUCAAGUCUCAAUUCCAAGACCAAGCCUCCCCACAAGAACGGGCAUAUGUCAGCGCUUUCUCCGGAGGAAUUUCCGGCGGAGUUGUGACUAGACUUAUGGGUGGCCGACUAAUCCCUGGUCUUGUUGUGUUCUCAUUGCUUGGUUACUGUGGUCAAAGUGCCUUCAACAGACUUGAUACAUGGCAAGCGGAAAGGGUACAAACCCCUUCUAAACCAUUUUUCCAGCGGAUGGCCGAUAGCAAAUGGAUUCCUCUCCGGAAUUUAUCCGAUGAUGAGUACCGUGGGAUUCUUAGUGAGAAGCUCCUAGGUAUUGAGGCUGAGAUUGCACUUCUUGACGAAAAGAUCGAGGAACUUGAGCAGGCACGACCGGAGUCUACUGAUCCCACCAAAAAAUAA